AUGCCAACGGGCGGCGGACACCACUUCCGCGUGCUGCAGCCGCUGCUGCGCGCGCUCGCCGACCGCGGCCACCACCUUACCGUCAUCUCGCACUUCCCCCAGCAGCCGCCGCCGCCCAACUACACAGACAUCAGCCUCAACAGCGCUGCCACGCAGGGCGGCGCCCCCUCGCCUUACCUGCCGAUGCAGGAGGGCAGCUUGCUGCGGGCGAUGUGGCAGUGGGCGCAGCUGUGCGCCAAGACGGGCGCCUUCUGCCGGGAAGCCUACGAGGCCCCCGCCGUGCGCCGCCUGCUGGACUCGGACGCGCGCUUCGACCUCGUGCUGGCCGAGGCGUUCUCCGGCGACUGCAUGGCCGGCCUCGCGCACCGCUUCGGCGCCCCACUGGUCGGCGUCGUCUCCAGCGUCGCCCUGCCCUGGGUCUACGACAGGAUGGGGAACCCCGACCACCCGGCCUACAUGGAGAACUUCUUCCUGUCGAUGGUGGCGCCGCUGGGAUUCUGGGAGAGGACGGCCAACAGUGCAUUCUACCUGCUGAUGAGACUGGCCAACCGGUGGCUUUCGGAGCGAGUGAUCGACGAGGUGGAGCGAGCCGCGCUGGGCAGCGCCGCGCCCCCCACCAGCCGUCUGGUCUACAACACCAGCCUCAUGCUCCUCAACAGCCACUUCAGCCUCAACCAGCCCACGCCACUCGUGCCUGCUAUGAUCGAGGUUGGGGGCCUCCACAUACAACAGCCCAAGCCUCUGCCAAAGGAGCUGCAGGAGUUCUUCGACUCGAGCGAGCAGGGCGUGGUGUACUUCAGCAUGGGCACGCUGCUGCGCGUCGACGCCCUGCCCCAGGAGCAGCUGCGCGGAAUACUGCGGGCGUUCGCGUCGCUGCCGCAGAAGGUGCUCUGGAAGGCCGACCGCACGCUGCUGCCGCCGCUGCCUCCCAACGUCCACACUUCCGACUGGGUGCCGCAAAACGACGUCCUCAACCACCCCAAGACCGUGGCGUUCAUCACACACGGCGGGAUGCUGGGCCUGCAGGAGGCGGUUGCGGCAGGGGUGCCCAUGCUGGUGGUGCCCGUCCUAGGCGACCAGCCGCACAACGCCGCAUCCCUGAGCAGCCGCGGCGCCGCCCUGACUUUGACGGUGCGUCAGCUGACUGAGCACAAUGUGCGCGACGCCCUGGACAGGCUCGUCAACGACACCAGCUACAGGAAGCGCACGAAGCAGCUGUCGCGGCUGUUCCGGGACCGGCCCCGGCCGCCGCUGGAGGAGGCGGUGUACUGGGUGGAGUACGUCAUCAGGCACCAGGGGGCGCCGCACUUGAGGUCCGCCGCGCUGGACCUGGCCUGGUACCAGUACCUGCUCAUAGAUGUCGCCGCUCUCAUUCUGACGACAGUACUGCUCGCACUGGCGUCCCUCUAUGCCGGUCUGCGCUGGAUACUUGGCCCUUUCUUAGCCGGCAAUCCAGCGCAGCGGAAGAAAAUCAAGAGUAACUGAGCAAAAGUCAGCAGUGCUAGUGCACGGCCCGAUAAAAUAUCGUGACAGAUGUCAGGUGAAGCCGUACACUUUGAGUGGAAUGUUACUUGCUGGUUAUACGUGUUGCCGCACAGUGCUGAAAUUACGCUUUUUGCAUUGUUUUUAUGAGGGUUGGCCAGAAAGCAAUGCACCGUAUUUUUUUCUUCAACAAUCCUUUAUUGAACAUACAGAGAAAAACACACAUGAAGGGCCGGCCGGAGUGGCCGAGCGGUUCUAGGCGCUACAGUCUGGGACCACGCGACCGCUACGGCCGCAGGUUCGAUUCGUGCUCGGGCGUGGAUGUGUGUGAUGUCCUUAGGUUGGAUAGGUUUAAGUAGUUCUAAGUUCUAGGGGACUGAUGACCUCAGCUGCUAAGUCCCAUAGUGCUCAGAGCCAACCAACACACAUGAAGGAAUGGUGUGUUUUCCAUACACCCUGUUCUUCCACGUAAUCUCCAUUCCAUUCUAUGACAUUCCUCCAGCUCGAGACAAGGACGUGUAUGCCCUGUCGGUACCAAUCAUUGUCCUGGUGGUGCAGCCAGUGCUUCACUAUGUGAAUCAUCUCCUCAUCGUCCUCAAAAUGUCUUCCAGGAAUAUCAUCCUUCAGUAGUCUAAACAAGUGAAAGUCCGAGAGGGCUAUGUCAGGUUGUAAGUAGGCUGUUUAGGUUUUUAUAUAGGUAACGCCACGUAUCGCUCUGUAUGAAACUCACUGGCUGUGCUGUGUGCAGUCUGUGGCUGGUUAGCAUUGUUGUAAUAUUCGCUAUUGUAGUGGGCAGUCGGAUGUUAACAGGGCGUAACGUUGCCCACUUGGAGGUGAGCCGCCAGCAGUGGUGGAUGUGGGGAGAGAAAUGGCGGAGUUUUGAGAGCAGGUGAUCUAGACGUGUGUCCAUCAGAGACAGUAAAUUUGUAAGACUGG